AUGGGCAGCAUAUUAGGAAGAAAUCGAACUAUAUCAAACGAUCCUUUCUAUACUCCUGUACCACCAAUAGGUGCCUAUCCACCCCAGUAUGAUCCAACUGGAGAAUUAGGUUUGUAUGGCCCUGGUUCUAGCCAAGAAUAUACGUAUAGAAAUGAACCGACUUCAAUGGGGAACUUAUAUGGACGACCAAUUACAAGUUUAGCUGUGAAUUAUGGUGGCCGAUAUGCUCAAGGUCUCAAUCAAGCACCAGGUAUGGCUCCAUGGAAUUAUGGAAAUUAUUAUUUAGGUAACACUACAAUGCAAAUGAUGCCAAUGAUGUUAAACAAAGUACACCAAUAUGGCCAAAUGCAAGCCAUGUCUGCACUUUCUAAUGCUGGUAUAUUAGGCUCGACACCACCAAUCGCAUUAAAUAUGCCAAUGGUGCCAAGUAUGCCUUGUUGCAUGCCUCCUUCAUGUAAUAUGCCAAUGAGUGCUCCGAUGAUGGCUGCAGCUACGGCAUUACCUGUUGCAUUUAAUCCAUUAGUUCAAGGUAUGUAUCCAGCAGCAUCGAUGAGUCCAGUUAAUUGGAUGUGUCCAUCAUCGUUCAUGUCUGCUUUGACAUCGGGUCCUAUGCCUUAUCGUCCACCAGCAUAUGAUUUUCCUAAUAAUGUUGGUAUGGUCAUGACUAUUCCCUAUGGUACACCGAAUCCAAUGAUUUCAGCAACAAGUUAUGGUGCAUCAUAUAAUUGUGGUGCAUCCUCGUCUUGGUGUUGUUCUUAUUCUUAUACGGCACCUGCACCUGCACCUCAACCGAUUUGUUAUUAUCCACGACCUGUUUCUGUACCGCAGCCAUAUGCUGUUCCAUGUCCUUAUCCUGUAGCUAUACCUAAUAUUCAACAGGUACCAGUUCCACAACCUGUAACCUAUGUUGCACCUCCUAUCGUAGCUGACUAUACUCAAGCAGUCCCCUAUAAAACCGACGCUCCACUUUGGACAUCACAAGAUACCUUUACAAAUACUAAUUUUAGUCCACCUGCAGUGAUGGCAUCCAAUCAAGAUAUGUUUGCAUCUAACUUCAACGAUAGUCAACCCAUGAAAGGUACAUUACCAGUUUACAAUGCAAUAGAUCAAUCACAACUUUUAAUAGGUCAACAAAUUACGUCAAGUCUUUCAAAUUCUGACCAAAUUACUAGUGAACGUUUAGGUGUGACGCCAAGUAAACUCAAAUAUGGACAUAAACACAAUGGCACUCGUAAUAGUCUAUCGAAACGUAUUCGUCAUCAUCUACCCACAAUACCUGUUUUAUCGAAUUUUAAUUUUACUAAAUUUCAACAUCGUAGUGAUCCAGUUUUACCUCCUAUAUUAAGUGGAUAUAUUAUAUCGGAUUCUGGUUGGAUACCGAAAAAUCCCGAACCAGAGGUAAUGCCGCCUUUACUUGGUUAUAAAAAACGAAAACGAUUAUCAUACACAAAUGAAAAUGGCAAAUCAACAUCUUACUCAGUUGGUAGUCACGUAUCAUUUCUUAAACGACGACAUCCGAAAGAUUUAAGUUCAUCAACAUCGGAAUACGACUGUGUCAUAUGUCAACAAGAACGUGAAAAAAAGCGUUUACGUAAACAUUAUAAUCCUUCAACCGUCUCAUCUCUAUUAUCACUAACGGAAUCAAGUAAUUCUCAACAUAAUCGUCAUUUGUCAUCAUAUGAACCUUUCCUAUCAUCAAAACUACAGGCACCAGCAUCACCUAAAAAGAGUAGUCACAAAUCACAUCGUCGUCAUGAAAAAAAAAUUAAAAACAAUUCUAACAAAGGAUCCAGAAAAUCAACUUCUCCAGUCUUAGUUCGUCAAACACCAAUUCAAGACCAACGAGAAAACAAAUUGAAGCAAGAAGAAAAACAUGAUAAAGGAAACAGUUUCCUCGAUGAUAAUGAUGAUCUUGGAGAUUUAAAUAGUGAAAAAUCAGAUGGUCAUGCAUCACAGUUUAGUCUGAGAACCGUAGACGAAUAA